AUGGGACCAAAGAAGAAGAAGAAAAGUAAGAAGAAGCCCAAGAGCAAGCGCGGAAAAAACAAGCCUACUGGUUUCGAGGAAUACUAUGUCGACGCUCCUAUGACCCCGGAGCAGUUUGAAGAGGAGAAGAGUAUUUAUGACGUUCGAAUUGAAGAUGCCCUGCUGCGCUACAUGAAAAACCGCCGCAUCGAGAGUGACCGACGCCAUAUCUUCAUGAAGUAUCUCACCUACGGUGGUGUGGAAGUUGGUCCCAAAAUGUUUGCCGGCGUGGAUGAACAGGAUAUGAAGGAAAUGGACAACGAGCAGAUCCUGAUUGCUAGAGCCCAAACAAGCAUCAACCAUGAGAAGCUGAACCUGCUUGUUGAUUUUGACGCCGUGGUCAAAGGCUACUUGACUUCUUACUUCCCGUACUUCUUUAAUCCCGAAACUGAAGAGACGAUCAAGCUGGGUACUGUCACGAUCCGCAAUUUCCUGUCUUAUCUUCUUUAUCACGAUGUUUGCCCUGAGCACAACGAAAGCAUCGACGCGGCCCGAAGGUCAUGCGAUAUCGCCUCUAAAGAACUCUGGGAUAACCAGCAAUUCACAGUCAAGGCGCCUGGGGACUUCAACGCCGCUUGCUCCACCCUCUUUGGGGGCUUCCUCUACGAUAUGUAUGUGGAAGACGAUAAGUGGCAGAAUCCAAAAGAUAAUGGCGUGCGGAUGACCAGAGACAUUGCUCGCAAAGUGGUUAAAUUUGCCCUGGCUGGUGCUGGUUCCAAUGAGCAGGCCCAGCGAUUUCGGGAUCUUGCAAACAGCAAUGCCCUGCGUGCGAUGCUCGUGGAGGAUAUUCAUGGCUUUGAAGUCACCGCCGUGUUUCCGAUUGACCCUGACGUCAGGAACUUUUAUCAGGAGUAUGCCCCCGAUCUGCAUCCUGUCGGAAGAAUUACUGGCAGAGCAUACUUUGACCCCGGCAAGCCGGCGUAUGAUCUGAGCCAGGAAGAACGUCUGGAAUGGGCGCUUGGCAACAUACAGAUGCCCGAGUUUGAAUUUUUCCUGGAGGAAGAAUUGCUUAAGCAUUGCUAUCCUGGCAUGAAAAUCAUGACCUCGGUGUGGGAACUGAACUGCGGCUUGCAUUUCUUCGAGGAUAUUCAGACCGCGUACUGUUCUAUCUACACGGUCCUUUGCAACGAUCUCAUGUUGGGAUGGAAGAAACCAAGGGAUCUGACGAACGGAGAGGACGAUGAAGAGGACGAUAACGAUGCUGGUGAAGACAAAGAUGAGAAUGCGGGAAAUGGCGGGGCGACCAAGUGA